AAGUUUACGGAAAAUCUCGAUGUAAACAUGCCAAACACGUUGAUGAAAAUUUUUUUAAUUAAAAAUUGAAAUUUUAAAAUAAAAAUUUAACCAAAAAAUGAGUUUAAUAAAUUGUAGCCGUUGUAAAACGGCUAAAGCAAAUGUUAAACGUUCCAAAACGACAGAUUCAUUAUGUAAACAAUGUUUUUUCUAUUGUUUUGAAACUGAAAUUCAUGAAACAAUUAUCCACGGUAAACUAUUUCAACGUGGUGAAAAAGUAGCUAUUGGUGCUUCGGGUGGAAAAGAUUCCACCGUGUUAGCAUAUAUAAUGAAAUUAUUAAAUGAUCGUUAUGAUUAUGGUUUGGAUUUAUUUCUUUUAUCAAUUGAUGAAGGUAUACGUGGUUAUCGUGAUGAUUCAUUGGAUACUGUUAAACAAAAUCAAAAUGAUUAUCAAAUUCCAUUAAAAAUUUUAAGCUAUCAAGAUUUAUAUGGUUGGACAAUGGAUGAAAUUGUACAGGCAACUGGUUUGAAAAAUAAUUGUACAUUUUGUGGUGUAUUUCGUCGACAAGCAUUAGAUCGUGGUGCAUUACAAUUGAAAUGUGAUACAAUCGUAACCGGACAUAAUGCUGAUGAUUUAGCCGAAACAAUCCUGAUGAAUAUUCUACGUGGUGAUAUUGCACGAUUAGGACGUUCCGUACGGAUUGUUACCGAUAUCGAUGAUAUUGAUGAAAUAGAAAAUCAUGGCUGGUGUAUACGUCGUGCAAAACCAUUUAAAUAUACAUAUGAAAAAGAAAUUGUACUUUAUGCUCGUUUUAAACAGCUAAAAUAUUUUAGUACUGAAUGUUUAUAUUCACCAAUGGCAUAUCGUGGUUAUGUACGUGAACAUUUAAAACAAAUGGAAAAAAUCCGACCGUCGGUUAUAUUGGAUAUUAUUAAAUCGGGUGAAUCGUUUGAUUCACGAAAAUCCGGUAGAUCAGAUUCUGUACAACCACCGAACAAAAAUAGUCGUCUAAAAUCGAAAGGAAUCUGUAAACGUUGUGGUUAUAUAUCCAGUCAAAAUAUUUGUAAAGCAUGUAUACUGUUGGAAGGUUUAAAUACGGGAAGGCCACGUUUAGGUAUAAGUAAAACAAGUAAAAUUGAAAAAGUUUUAACAAAUAAUUCUUGUAAUUCUGAUUCAAAUUGUAUUUGUAAACAAUUAGAAACAGAAAAAUAAUGUCUAAAAAAAUUUAUAAAUUUUACCCGCCACCCGCCACCAGAUGGCUGGUUCUGCAUCAUAUCAAUGUGAU